AAAAUCUUAAUUCAAAGUCAGCGUUUCUCCUCCCUCCCUGUCCCAUUCUGUGUCUUUCUUUGUAUCCUCCCGUCGCUUUCGUUUUUGACCGUCGCUUUCGUUUUUGACCGUCGCCUCCGCAGCAGUCGUGCUCUUCAAGCGUACAAGAGCCAGAUUCUUGUUCAUGUGCGGAGUCGAAUGGUGUCUUUUGUGCGGAAGAAGAUUAUGUUGAUUGUUAAUCCUUGCAAUCUUGGUUCUUGAAAAGUGCAGAUCCAGCUAGAACAGAUACCACACUUGAUCUUUAGCUUUAAGGAAUAUUCUGUGCACAUAUUUUUAGCUUACAUUACUGCCCAUCAUAUCAAGAUCUCAAGCAUAAAAGGGAUAACAACUGGCAGCAUGGAUCCGCACAGUUUUAGCAAUAAUUUACAAUUGAAGCCACCAACGACAUUAACUGGAACGGCAAAAGAAGGAAUGAAUGGACCUCCUAUCGGCCUAAUUGACGUGGGCAUCAGUGAAAAUGCUUAUCUUUUUCGAGUUGCACUGGCUGGCAUGCGGAAAAAUGAAUGUCAGUUAAAAUGUGAGAUACAACGUGAUGGGACUGUUUGUAUAAGAGGAAUGGUAACACCUGCUGGAGGGAUUCUGAGAGAUUCAUCAAAUAGGUUCAAGCUGAAAGUCCAACAACUCUGCCCACCUGGACCAUUCGCUAUGUCUUUCAAAUUGCCUGGACCCGUUGACCCUCGACUAUUCUGUCCUAAUUUCAGGGGAGACGGUAUCCUUGAAGGGGUGGUUAUGAAACAUACAGUACCAGUCGUUCCAGCAGAUGGUUAAAUCCAGUUUUCAUUGGCUUUUGUCAGGAGGCUAGUUGCUUUUAAUAUUGAAUGCCUGAGAACAUAUAAAAGCAAGUAGAAGUAGAACACAGGUUGGAGUUUACAAAGGAAGACAUGGUAGCAUGUUUUUUAUAUGAUAAAAUGUUGAUGCGUGUAUUUUGACAAUAGAUCUGGCAUUUUCAGGUGAAUUAUCCUUAUUAUUGUCACAGCUUUUCUGAAUAAGUUUAUUGGGAGAUGAUACCUGAAAAUCUUAGUUAAA